CAUCGUCCACUUUCCUCUUACAAUGACACACCGGCGAGCACCAUCCAUCCACAACACCGGCACCUCGAAAAAUGGAAGGUCAGACUCUCCAAGGGUACAGAAAAACCAGCGCGCUAGACCUCAAUCUUCCGAUUCCACACCACCACCGCCGGCGCCACAAGCGAAACCGAACCUAGGAAUGUCCCCAAUGUCCAGAUACAACCAUAAUCUCAAAGUCCUACGGCGGAGAGAUCCUUCAAUAACGACAAUAUUUGAUCAGUUUAGUCAUGUCUGUGUCUAUCAUCACAACGGAUCCAAGUGGGAAAAGCUAGGAUACGAGGGCAGUAUGUUUCUCUAUGAAAGAGAAUCGUACCCGCCAUAUGGUUUCUACAUUCUCAACCGCAUGGGAAUGGAUGACUAUAUCCAACGAAUCCACCCAGAGGACGAUAUUGGCCUGCAUGGGAGUUACCUGAUGCUUCAAUCUUAUCCCGAGUAUACGUCCGAAAGAAUAGCCCGUGCAAAAGAGCAGCAUCCUCUACAGUGUCCAGACAAAUUCGAUGAUGUUUAUCGUCUGCCAGUACCUCCACUCUCAACCAAGGACAAGACCCUUUAUGGCACCAAGACAGUGGGUCUUUGGAUAUUUGCCACUGACGCCCGGGAACCUCUAUCUGUUGUGAUGACACGUUUGCAUAAAUAUAUAAAGAGGAAUGAACCAUAUCCCGAAGAGUUCAGAUAUGGCCCCAACAAACCACCUCCACCUAAUCCACAUCUACGCACAACAACGACUUCUCCUUUUACACAAGCCGAAUCCCAGCUAGCAUCUACUUCAAGUGCUGGGCCAAAUAACAAUGUUGAUGCCCAUGGUACUCCUGCCUUCAACUCAUUACUUGCUAAGCUGGGCGCUCAGAUACCGCCCUUGCCUUCACCUUCGCGCAUAACGCACCCAACAGUCUCUCCGUCUUCUGGCAGUUCUUCAAAACUCACCGUAGACUCGUUGUUUGCAGCUUUGAGCGGAGAUGGUAUUUCGCAGGAUGCUCCUGCACGACUGCCACCCACAAGCACGACCGGCAUCCCAUUAUUGGAUUCGAUAUUCGCGUCGGCAACUCCUGUCUCUACUUCAAAUGGUUCUGACCCACCGUCCUCUUCAGUCUCGUCGGUCGCAGCCACGAUACAUCCGUCUUCCGUAACGGAGCCCAUCAUUCAUUCACCCAUUCCCACCAGUACUGCAUUACCCCAGAUUUUAAAUCAAGACGUUAUUUCUACCCUUCUGGGCCUACCACCUUCUCGGACAGACUCAGCAGCGACCUCUAUAUCAACAUCUACAUCUCAUAGUAGUAAUUCGCGCUCACAUCCAAGCUCGCGUGAGGGAGAUUGUUCGGAUGCAGGAUAUUCCGAAUCGAGCACCGUGCUGGAUCUAGAGGCAGAGCUAGACAUGGAGCUGCAAGCGGCAGGUGCCAGUGCAGGGCGACCGUUACUGAGCAGAGAGUUCCCCACCGGCCUACUAGGAUCAAACAGUCAUGAACGGGUGAACGGGGAUGUGACGCCCCGCGCUCCGUUACCGCGGCUAGGAUCUGUGCCGCACAUAGCCGCAUGUCAUGCAUGCCCCCCGCCAAUGAAGACAUCUUGGUCAGAUACUACAGUACAACAUGUACUUUCAACGUUGCGGUCCGGGGAUGCCGCACCUACAGCACCACCAGUCCGAGCAGAUGUAGUCCCUCUGAACGGUAAUAGCAACGGCAGACGUCUGGUGCCAUUUGAUGAACCAGACCCAAGUCUGUGGCCUUAUCCAAGAGCACCAAUUGACGAAGAUCAGGAGGAGGAAAUUCUGGAGCUGGAUUUCGAAGACACGAGUGCAUUGAGUGACGCAGAUGCGUUCAGGGAGGCUGAGAUGAAUGCUAAGAGGAGAAACGAAUAUACGAAUCAAAAGAAGAAAGGAAAGGCCAAUGGUAGAGAGCAAAGAGAUGCGAUCGAACGUAGCUGGGAUGUUCCGGUCUCUUUACCUCCGGCUGUCCCAGCAUCACCAUCACUUUCACCGUCCCCACCUCUGUCUACCGAGACAAGGAGUGCACCGACGACAGCGAAAACGACAUUUGUUCCGAAGAUGGCUACCGAUGAGUCGAUGAAUGUGAAUGGAAAGGUAGCAGUUGCAGGACUGGAUUCCAACGCGGUGAAAGAGAGUAUCUUGGACGCUGUCAUCCCUGGAGGAGGACAUGUAGAUAGGAAUGAGUUUGUGCGAGAGGUACUGACUUUGAUUCAUACGGAUAAAAAGUUUGUAGAUGACCUCUGGCAGGAUUAUCUGGGACGUAUAGUAGUAUAAUGAUCACGUCAUUAGUUUCAUGUCAUGUCGGAUGUAUGCCACAUGUAUUAGUCAUUUUCCGUC